ACGCAAUAAAGGUUGUCAACCAAAAACUCUCCCCCUCCCCCCUCCUUGUCCUUUGCUUGCCUUGGCCUUGCUAAGCUUUCCUUAGGAUGGGCGGUCCCUCCGAGUCUGAGUUCAAGGAAGCAGAGUCGCCGCCGCUCUUGGGCCCCGCUCAGUCGUCAGAAGAGUCUCACAUCGACGAGUCGGGGCUCGUGCCGCGGCAGCACGCUCCUGAUAAUGAUGAAAGCAGGGCAGAGCAAGAGUCGACCAUAGCAGGAUGGCUCGUCUGGUCGUUUAUUUUCGUUGCCGCGACACUCCUUUCUCUGGCUGGCCUACAAUUCUGGCCCCGAAUACGUCCGGAUGGCAUUCGAGCCGAGCCACAACAGCAAUCGCUGGAACUGGAACGGGAGUCCUGGCUGUGCGCAGAGGACGUGAAGCUGUCCAUGCUCCCGUACUCAUGGCAGGACAACAACCCUCCAACUUAUCGGGCACGUGCAUCUCUGAAGGUUCCUGUUGCCUCAGAAACCCUCUCGUUCGUCAGCAUGGACGACGGCGCCGGAUGUGAUGGCACUUUCCGGAUAUCACAAACGGCAGAGCCAGGCACCCAGGCGAUUGUCGAGGUCACCGCUUCCUACUCGCAACCAGGAGCAGCCAGGGAUGUACAUGUGUGUCGCCUGCGCCGCAGGAGGAAAGACGUCGAGGACACAUGGAGGCUGGGUAUACAGACUCCAAACCCGGAAGAUACGGCCGGCGGCUCAGCCGACAACAGACCGAGCGAACCAUUACACGUCGACAUCCAUCUUCGUCUGCCUCGUUCAUUUGCUGGCUCUGGCUUGCCACUCAGGAUCAACGAGUUGCAUACCGAUUUGCCGCUCUACGAUCAUCACCUCGACACGCCGUCCUCGGUACACUUUAGCAAACUCAAUAUCUCCACAGUGUUGGCACAGAUCCACUCGGAGUCCGUCUCUGGAGACAACAUAACGUUACAGUCGGUAUACGGUGAUAUCAGCGGAAUGUACAAUGCCUCGUCCGCAUUGCUUGCCCGAUCAGAAGAGGGUCUCGUUAAUAUCACAGCCCUCCUACAAUACGACAACUCGUCAGCGGCGGCAGCCACAACUCUCAACAUAUCCACAUCGACCGGACCUGUCUUCAGCGAGAUCGCGCUGCACUCCACCACCACAAACACAACGCACAGCAAGUUCGACGUCGUCGCAAAUACCGGACACGCCUCCAUCAACCUUACCUUUAUCGCCUCGCCUGUUAACUCUGUUCUCAACGUAUCUGCCGAGAUCGCGGACCCCGACGGCGACUGGAUCUCUGACUUCGGGUGCCACAGCUGGAAACCGGAAUAUUGGGACCUCGAAUGGGACCUGGACCCAGUCCUACCGUCGCGCGUGACGGUGCAGCUGCACGAGAACUUCGAAGGGAUGGUCGACCUCGAGAUGCACGCGCCGACCGUCUUCAGACCACAGAUCGUUUUCGGCAUCGCGGGCGCCCCGAACGCCGAGGAACAGGGCGAUGGUGACGAUGAGGAACAGGGCGACAGUAACGAUGAGGAACAGGGUGACGGUGACGAUGAGGAACAGGGAGACGAUGACGAUGAGAAACAGGACGAUGAUAACCAUGGUGAACAGGGCGACGGUGACGAUGCGGCACAGCGCGACGGCGCCCAUACAGCACAGCGCGACGGUGACGAUGAGAAUGAAGAGCAGGACCCGAAUCCUCUCACGAAGAUCAUCGUGAGGGCAGAAGAGGCUGCUGCGGCGUGGCACUGCUUGGCAUGCGAACGCAUACGCCGAAUCGAUGCGGAGCGUAGUAGACCCGAUGGAAGAGCUACAGUGGGGGGCGUUUCAUGGGGCAAGGACAAGGUGGCAAUCUCGGAUCUGGAGAAGCGGGGCAAGGUUGUCGUAAGGACUGUGGAUUCGCCGAUCACACUGCUUGUUUAAUUUUGUCCCCACACUCGUUUAUCAUAGAACUCGUUUUCAG